GGAUCGCGCUCAUGAGCGCAACUUUCGACAUCACGGAAGAGAGACACCUCAAGAUCAUGGCUCAUUGUCAAAGCAUACAACAUUUGAUCAUGGACUUCGAAGCGCUCCUACAAGCCGAGUACCACAAAUUCUGGUCACACGUCGUAUACGAUGAUGACUUUAGACUCGCUCUCCGAACCUAUCUCCGCAUGGCCCCACGGUGGUUCGACCCGCCGAUGUACUUGAGCUCGCUGGCCUACGACGCUCUGUGCGAGGAGCUCCAUAAUGUAGCUUUCAAAGUUAUUCUGAGGAUGUCCACCAGAAGCGAAUCUCGGUCCGAUCAUAUGUCGCCCGAGGUUUUCGCGGAGUUCCUCGACAAGUACAUUUUCGAGCCGGCGAUGAUUUUGGAUAUAUGCACUCUGUACGGUUUAAAUUUCGUGCAGCCGAAACUCCGUCUCUUGACGGACCUACUCAGAAAUUACCAUAAAUACCAACCGAAAAUGCUCGAAGAUCUGGGAAAAGCCGCCGAGAGUUUCUCGGCGACGAUUGGGACGUUGAAAGACCUCUGCAGUUCCUCGUGCGACAUUGAAGUCACGACGAUCGCCAUGUGCGUUGCGGCGAUGUCGCUGAAAACCGUAGACGAUGAGCAACUGAUGACGACUUGUCUGAGCGCCACGGAGACCGCGGCCUCGCUUCUGCUUCUAGUCAAGAAUGCCCCGCCCACCUUACUGUUGAAGUUUUCCGAGACGAUCGCCUCGAUGCCCGACUUCUUCGAGUCGGUCUUCCUCCCUCUCAAUGAGGAGGUCGAACGCCGCCAAGACUCCUUGGUGGCGAUAUUCAAAGACAAUCUGAAGACGCUGCUACGUCGAGGCAUGAAAUGUGCCCUCGAUGUCUACAGACACUACGUCGAGCAGGAAUGCACGGGAAAACUGACGGAUUCCCUGUCGGACGCUGACGCGGUGCCCCUUCUCGAAAAGUACUACGCCACCCUCAUGCAAGCCGUGCCGGAGAAAUCGUUCAUGCUAGCCUACAACUCCCUGUAUCCGCUGGAAGAAGACUUCGAAGAGCUGCGGAGGAACCGCGCGACCCGCGAGUUCAUGGACGAAUCGCAUUUGAAGUACAUUCUGGAGAGUUUAAAUCAGCCAAUUCCAGAAACAGCGGUUCUAGAUGAGAACGUGUACGGCCGGACGGUGGAGUAUGCGGGGGCGAGUUGCGUGGAAGGAGCCGUUGGGGGAGUCAGCGACGAGGUGAACAGUGUCCUGGCUAUAUUCCCCGAUCUGCGGCAGGAAUUCGUCGAGAAAUGUCUCGAGUUCUACGGGGGAAAUGUCGACGAAGUGGUUUCGGCGAUCAUGGACAACAACACUCAUCCAGAACUCGAGAAAUUCAAAGUUUCCGCUGCGCCUCCAAACUCGCCGAGCGUGGUGAAAAAGACGACUUUCGACGGUGCCGAAGUGCACAUCGGCAAGAAGAAUAAAGUCUCCAAGGAUCUGUUGGAUGAUAGAACAGAGAAGUUCAACCUCAGGAAAAUCGUUCUGCAAUACACUGACGUCGUCGACGAAGUCGUCGUUCAACCAACAGACAAACUCUACGACGAUGAAUACGAUGACACCUACGACUCCAAUGACAUUGGAAUCCCCGAGAAAACGACCGGAGACUGCGGAAGAGCUUUCGAGGAGCCACGGAUCCUGGCGGGCAGAGGCGAUCGACGCAAGAAGCACUGGGAGCAGGACGAAGCUGAAUCGGAUAUGGACGAAGAAACUGCUCGGCGGAAACGGAUGGAUUUCUGUGAGAAUCCUGAAGAAGCUCGAGCGCGUCGCGAACAACGGUAUCAGGACAGAAUGGCAGCCCGGGGCAGAGCCCCACCGCAGCAGCGAGAUGUCGUCGGUGGCGCUCGCGGUCAAGGCCAGAGCGGAGACGUGCUCCGCAAUCGGGCGCUGAAAGAACGGAAUAAAGGAGGGAAUCGGAGAGCUCAGGCCGAUCGGAAACGCAGAGAAUUCUAG